AUGAAGAAAAAGGAAUCUAAAGCCAAGAAUGCUAUGUUACAGUUUGCACCAGUAAUCUGUGAACAAGGUCCAAGUGCACCAUCAUCACCUACAAGUCCAGGAGGUUCAC